CGAUCACCUGCCCUCGGCCUGCCUCGGGAGGUCUUCCUCCGAGGGCCGACGGCGGACGUAAGACGUCGUUUCGCAGGUAUCUGGGGAGGCAGCUCCACUCUGUCCAGCCCAGGUAACUUGUGAAUGUGUGUGAGGUUCCUCGACUUUGUACACCUCUUUGAUCUCUACCAUUCAUAACUCCAGGCAUCCAGGUCCUCUUCCUUGCCAUCUCCUCCAGAUUUCAGAGUCACUGGGUGGACUCAGCAUCCAGUCGCAGUCGCAGUCUGCCAUCUUGACUGCUGACAAUCAAUACCUACCCUCUUAUCCACUAGCGUUCAUACAUACAUAGACCCUACGCGUUCAGCUCCAAUGUCUUCUUCACAAACCGAGUCCAAUGGCGAGGGGCUCGGGGCUGCCCCACCCUCGGCCGCACCAUCUGACCAGCGAGGUCAAACCACGAAAGCCGAAGCAGAAAAAGUGUCUGGCAGAGAGGAAGUUCAUCCUUCAGGUACUGCCAAGCACUCCUCAGAUGUAGAUGCAGAGAAGGCAGCCGCUCGCGAGCACUACCAGCCUCAGCUCACUGGGGGUCAGCCGCUCGAGAAGAAGAUCAGCACAGGGACCUGGGGUGAGACUCAGACGGGUGAACCUGUGGAUCCCAUCAGUGCCGCAAGAGCUCUGGAUGACUACCGACUGGCCCGGAGUGUAAGCAAUCAAAGCCAGCCACGUCAUCGGCCAAGGCAGCAAAGCCAGUCGCGGAGGCAGAUGACCGAGAUUGGACGAGCCGACGAUAUUGAGGAGCAAGCUGGACAGCAAGAAGGGGAUGGCAACGAUGACGGAUUCGAUCUCGCAGAUUGGAUGCUCAGUCGUAAAGCGGCUGUUGAAGAGAAGGGUAUCCCCUACCACAAGCCUCUAGGCAUGUCCUGGCGUAACGUCAAGGUCGUCUCACCUGGAGGUGCUGGUGCUCGUCUCUUUGUGAAGACUUUGCCUCAGGCCAUCGUGAACACCGCAACCAAAGAUCCUCUCAACAUCCUCGCUAAGUUCAUCCCAAUUCUGGGUCGGGCAACCGGCACAAAGCCGACCCCAGCGUCGUUGAUCCAAGGUCACGACGGUGUUCUCAAGUCUGGAGAAAUGCUCCUCGUCCUUGGUCGACCUGGCUCUGGCUGCUCUACCACCCUUCGAGCGCUGACGUCGAGGUCGCACAACAACUUGCAAGUGGAGGGGGAUUUGACAUACGGUGGUUUCUCACCUGACGAAAUCACUCGCAAGUACCGUGGAGAGGCCGUCUUCGUCGACGAAGAUGACAUCCACUUCCCUACCAUGACUGUUGAGCAGACCCUGAAGUUUGCGCUGCAAUGCAAAGUUCCGGCUGGAAAGGCGCGCAUUGCAGGACAAUCUCGCAACGACUUCAUCGACGAUGCCGUUGACGUACUGCUGAAGAUGUUUGCAAUGACUCACGUCCGCAAGACUGUCGUCGGUGAUGCAGCCGUCCGCGGUGUAUCUGGUGGUGAGAGGAAGCGAGUCACUUUGCAAGAAGCUCUCAUCACUCGCGGAUCUAUCAUUGCCUGGGACAACAGCACGCGAGGUCUCGACGCUUCUACCGCCCUCGACUACGCUCGUUCGCUACGUAUCGUCACUGACAUUGGCCGCCGAACGACCAUUGCCACACUGUAUCAAGUGUCGGAGUCCAUCUUUGACCUCUUCGAUCGCAUCUCCGUCAUCGACGAGGGUCGCUGCAUCUACUACGGACCACGCGACAAGGCGCGACAGUACUUCCACGAUCUAGGCUACUACUCGCCAGCUCGUCAAACCACUGCUGACUUUGUUACUGCUGUCACGGAUCCCAUUCAGGUGCAGCACCGCGAUGACUUCAAGGGACCCAUUCCACGCACCUCCGAGGAGCGUGAAAAGGCCUGGAAGGAAAGCGAUCUCUACCGCCAACUGAUCUCUGAAGUCGACGAGUACGAGACGGCCGUCAAGAACGACGAGCUACGCGAGGCUGAAAACGUCAAGCAUCUUGUACGAGGGGAGAAGAACAAAGGUGUUCACAAGGGCUCUAGCUUCACCGUCAGCUACUGGACGCAAGUGAAGGCUUGUAUCUAUCGUGACUUGCUUGUCAAGUGGGGCGCACGAGGCGAUCUCUACAUCAAGCUCUUCACCAUCAUCUCCGUUUCUCUCAUGAUCUCGUCUCUCUUCUACGGCCAAGCACAAGACUCUUCCGGAAUCUUCACUCGCGGUGGUAUCAUCCUCUUCGCCUGUCUGCUCAACGGAUGGCUGCAGCUCAGUGAGACCUACGAGGCCGUUGCCGGUCGACCGAUGCUUGCUCGACACCAGACAUUUGCCUUCUACCGCCCUUCGGCAGUCUGCAUGUCGAGAGCCAUCGUCGACAUCCCCUUCCUGAUCGUCCAGUGUAUCCUCAGCUCAGUCAUCCUCUACUUCCUCAGUGGUCUGAGAACCAACGCUGGAGCUUUCUUCAUCUUCCUGGUAUACACUUUCCUCUGCGCGUACAACCUCACGGCGCUAUACCGAGCUGUCGCUGUCUUCAGCCCCGGGUUCAACGAAGCUAUUCGUUUCUCGGUCCUGGCUUUAAACAUCAUCAUCGUCUUUGUCGGAUAUGUCAUUCGACGACCACAGAUGAACUGGAUGAUCUGGCUCAACUACGUCAAUGGUAUCUCGUAUGCCUUCGAAGGUAUGCUGGCAAACGAGCUCAAGUAUCCUAUCCAGUGUGUUGCAAGCUCCAUUGUGCCUUUUGGAGCAGCUCAAGACACUGCGUACCAGACGUGUGCUCUGACCGGUAGUGUACCCGGGUCCAUCAUCGUUCAACCCCAGGACUACCUGCGAGUCACCUUCAACUACAGUCAGUCAGCUGUAGGGCCCAACAUCGGUGUCCUCAUCGCCUUUAGUGCUCUGUACCUGAUCGUAACGAUCGUCGCCAGUGAAAUCAUUCCGCUCGGCGGGGGGUCAGGAGGAGUGACCAUUUUCGCCAAGACCAAGGCCGCCAAGCAGCAGAUGAAGGCAGUAGAGCCUCCAGUAGCCGACGACACCGAGGCAGCUGCCGGUGCUGGUGCUGGUGCUGCCUCUGGCUCUCAGUCUGGAAGCUCUUCCGAUGCUACUCCCGUCGAAUCGCACGACGGGGGUCGAGAAGGUCUGUCUGGUGGCGAUGCAGUCGACAAGAAGGUCACUCGAGAGCAUCCUGACCGAGCCAUCUUCACCUGGUCCGACCUGAACCUUGAGCUGCCUGGCGGUCGUAAGCUGCUUCAGCAUGUCGACGGUUGGGUCCGACCUGGUCAGAUGACUGCAUUGAUGGGUGCUUCGGGAGCUGGAAAGACGACACUCAUGACCGCUCUGAGUCAACGUGGAGCGGCAGGUGUCGUCACUGGAGACAUUCUGGUGGAUGGCAAGGCCCUUGGACCUGGAUUCCAGAAGUCUACUGGUCUCGUUCUGCAGGCCGAUGUUCAUUUGGCCACGCAGACAGUUCGUGAAGCUGUGGAGUUCUCUGCCAUUCUUCGUCAGCCAGCUGAUGUCCCCCAUGAAGAGAAGCUCAAGGAUGCUCAGCGCGUCAUUGAGCUGCUAGAGCUCGAGGACCUCGCUGAUGCUCUCAUCGGACACCCUGGUGCUGGUCUCGGUAUUGAAAGGAGGAAGCGAGUCACGAUUGCCGUAGAGUUGGCCGCCAAGCCAGAUCUGCUUUUGUUCCUCGACGAACCCACCUCAGGUCUUGACUCUGCUGGAGCUGCUUCCAUCUGCCGACUGCUGCGACGUCUUGCACAGGAUGGACAGGCCAUUCUCUGCACCAUCCACCAGCCGUCUGCUCUGCUCUUUGAGUCUUUCGACAAUGUCUUGCUUCUGCAGCCAGGAGGUCGCACCUCGUACUUUGGUCAAAUCGGCCAGCAUCACGGCAAGGGUAGUGACCGUAUCCGCGAGUACUUUGAGGCCAACGGAGCCGAGCCCUGUGACCCUCAGGCCAACGUGGCCGAGUAUAUCCUCGAAGUGGUCAGUGGUGGCAAGUCACACGGCAAAGACUGGGGAGCCAAGUGGCUUGAAUCCCAGGAAUGCAAGAAUACUCGCGAGGAGAUCAAGUCGAUUGUCGAGGAGCGAUCACAGCUGCCCGCUUCGGACGACCCUCGAGCCAAGCGCGAAUUUGCCGCUACGCCCAUGGUUCAGCUGAAGCAGGUGACCAUGCGACAGUACAGGGACAUGUGGCGCGACCCCUCGUUCCCCUACGCUAUCCUCUUCAGCAACUUUGUCACUGGUAUCAUUGCCGGUGGAGCCUUUGCCAAGCUCGGCCUCUCCCCCACGGACUACCAGAAUCGCGUCUUCAUUGCCUUUUUGAUCAUCCUCAACUUCCCAGCCAUUGUCAACGGUAUCAUUGCCAAGUUCUUCGAGCUCCGCAUGCUCUUCGAGGUUCGAGAAAAUGCUUCCAAGAUCUACCCAUGGUGGGCUAUGAUGGCGUCUUUCAUCCUCACCACGAUGCCCAUUGCCUUUGUCGCCUCGGUCAUCUACUUCCUUCCAUCCUACUACCUACCAUUCUACGCCGAGCCGAGCGCCAAGGCUGGUUACUUCUACCUGAUGGUCCUCCUCUUCAACGCCUUUGGAAUCGAAUUCUCCCUGAUGCUUGCAGCCUCUUCACCCACACCCAUCACUGCUGCCAAUUUGCUCCCCUUUAUCCUGCCCAUCCUGGCCAUUGUCAAUGGUGUCAUUGUACCCCACUCGAUGAUGCCCAACCCAUGGAGGGACUUUGUCUACUGGGUCAACCCCGUAACCCACUACCUCCGAGGUCAAAUGGCCACCAUCCUCCACGCCACGCCCGUCGUGUGCAACGAGGAAGACCUGUACCGUUUCGACCCUCCUCCAGGACAAACCUGCGACGCCUAUGCGGGCGCUUGGGCUACAGGUGCUGGAGGUUACCUGGUGAAUGGCGCAGGUACCGCAGGGUGUGGAUUCUGCCAGUACACCAUUGGUGAUCAAUUUGCAGAAACGGUCAAUGCGCCUUAUUCUUUCCGAUGGCAGAGCAUGGGAAUCUUCCUAGGAUUCGUCAUCUUCAACGUUUGGGCCUCCUUUGCCCUCUAUUGGCUCUUCCGUGUACGAGGAUUUGGGCUUAGCUUUGCGCCUGUCAAGAAGUUGUUCAAGCGAAAGUAGACGCAAUGGAGGAGGAACAAUUCCCGUCUUGGCCUGAUGCCGCCAUGGCACUUCAGUCGCCCCCCCUCUCCCUCUUUUAUCAUUCCAUAUAUAGAUGUCCCUUCGCCUCUUUUUUCAUAUCUGAACCCUCAUGUGUAUAGAUAAGACUUUGAAUCCGUUUUCUUCUUCGAGUCGCUAAAAGAAAACAAAGAAUCACAC